GGGACAAGAAGACAAUUUGUAGCACAGUAGAUAUUUAUUUCUGCACUUUUUUUUAUAUAGAGAAAGCAACCGAAAGCUCUAAUCUUUUUUUUUCCUCCGAAUAUGACAGACAAUAUGUUUGAUUUAACAGGAUCAGUGGCGUUCUUUUGUUUGCUUAGAGAUGGUUUGAAGGUGGCGGCGCUGAAAAAGAUGACAGCUGAAGUGGAGAGAUUGAUCGUUUUGCUUCUUGUAUUUCUGACGCUGGUGACAACCGAAAGUCGCAGCCACAACGUUGGCAGGAAGAAAGGAAGAAAACACGGGGCACUUGUCCAACAACUGGACCAGGCUCCAAAUCCCAGCUGUGACAUAGAAGUUGCUUUCAUCUUGGACAGUUCUGAAAGUGCCAAAAACUUCUUGUUUGAUAAAGAGAAACAAUUUGUCAUUGAAUUCACCGAGAAAGCUUUACAGUCUGAGCAGACGGGUAAACAAGAUCUCAACUGGAGAAUGGCUUUUCUACGGUACAGCAGCUCUGUCAAAAUGGAUCACACUUUCCGGGACUGGCAAGGGUUUAAUAUGUUCAAGAAUCGUGUACAAUCCAUUAAUUACAUUGGCCAUGGCACAUAUACUUCCUAUGCCAUAGGAAAUGCUACACAGCUCUUCCAGACUGAGGCAAAGCAGAACAGUGUGAAGAUAGCCAUUUUAAUGACUGAUGGGGUGAAUCAUCCCCGCAAUCCAAACCUUCGAGAUGUUGCAGCUUAUGCUAGGGAAUAUGGCAUUUUCCUGUUUGCUAUUGGACCUCCAGACAUUACUGCAGAACUGUCAGCUGUAGCAAGCACUCCAUCAUCACAAUUUGUCCACAGCAUAACCGAUUCCAAUCUCACAAACAAUACUCUCCAUGAAGUGCUCAAAGUUGCCAAUCAAUCAUGCCCUAAACCGAAGCCAUGUAGCUGUGAAAAGGGGCAGAAAGGAGAGUCUGGAGCUCCUGGGAGAAAAGGAGAUCGAGGUAAAGAUGGAAGCCCUGGUGCAAAAGGUGUACAGGGACAACGUGGAUUAAAGGGCGAGCCUGGAAUUUCAGGUGUAAAGGGCACAGCUGGAUUCAAAGGACACAAGGGUGUGAAAGGUGAAUGUGGGAUUCCAGGAAUAAAAGGCGACAGUGGUCCUGAAGGACCACCAGGUCCAACUGGAAAAAGAGGAGCAAUGGGGCCACCUGGGCUAAUUGGCGAGCAAGGCCCUGAGGGAAUCCAAGGUCCAAAGGGUGAUCGUGGCCCCACUGGUUCACAUGGCCCAAUAGGAGACCCUGGGAUUGGAUAUCCUGGCCCAAAGGGUGAAAAAGGUUCGCAAGGAAGAUCUGGUCCUUCUGGACCUGCUGGCAUUGGAGAACCUGGAAUACCUGGUCUCAGGGGAGAUCCUGGAAUAAAGGGUGAAAAAGGACAACCAGGGCAAGGUUCUCCUGGUCCAAAGGGCCACAUAGGCUAUACAGGCCCCAAAGGCUCACGUGGGCCGACUGGAAUUGGAAUUAAAGGUGUCAAGGGUGAUAUUGGACCUCCAGGAGCAUCAGGACCUAUCGGCAUGACAGGAAUCGGUUUGCAAGGUGAAAAGGGGGAGCAAGGCCCUUUAGGACCACCAGGGCCAAGAGGUCCAACAGGAGAAGGUCUACCUGGUGCAAAGGGAGACCGAGGAUUUCCAGGAGAAAGGGGCCCAACAGGAUUAGGGGAAAGAGGACCUCCAGGUCCAAAAGGUGAUCCAGGAACACCAGGAGCAGCAGCUACUCCUGGAAUCCCUGGUGAUGCUGGAUCAAAGGGAGCAAAGGGGGAACAUGGAAGUCCAGGGUUACCUGGUCCACCAGGGCUUGGCAUUAAAGGAGAUCCAGGAAAACCGGGGGAGCCUGGUAAAAGGGGACCCAGUGGCUUUUUUGGACAUCCUGGACCAACUGGACCUGCUGGCGCUAAGGGAGAACCUGGGCUCCGUGGUGAGGUUGGUUUACCAGGGCCAGUAGGAAAAGGAUUUCCAGGACCAAAGGGUGACCGAGGGCCACCAGGACCUCAAGGUUCCAGUGGUAACCCAGGAGUUGCAUUAAUAGGACCCAAGGGAUAUCGUGGAGCUACUGGAUUGCCUGGACCACCUGGGCCCAAAGGAGAAGGUUUCCCUGGUCCUCAGGGUGUGCAAGGACUGCCUGGCCCACGUGGUGACCCAGGGGAAGAUGGCAAAGGACUUCCUGGAUCAAAGGGUGAUGUUGGCCUUCCAGGACCACCAGGGCCAAUUGGUGUUCCAGGAUUAGGAUAUCCUGGUGCAAAGGGUGCAGUUGGGAGAAUGGGUCUGCCUGGACCAAAAGGAUCUCAAGGAGAGGCCAUACAAGGACCAAAGGGUGCACCAGGAUCUCCAGGUUUGAUGGGCCCAAGAGGGCCACCAGGGGAAGGCAUACCAGGACAAAAGGGAGAUCGUGGAUAUAAGGGUGAAAGAGGAAAAAAAGGUGACAAAGGGGAUGAAGGGCUCUCUGGUCCUAAAGGCGAUUCUGGAAAGAAUGGAGAGAAAGGUGAAGCAGGCAUCACUCGUGAAGAAAUAAUCAAAUUGAUCAGAUCAAUCUGUGGAUGUGGAAAGAAAUGCAAAGAAAAGCCUCUGGAACUAGUAUUUGUGAUUGACAGUUCCGAAAGUGUCGGGCCAGAAAACUUUGAUAUUGUUAAAGAGUUUGUCACUGCCUUGAUAGAUCGAAUUAGUGAAAGCAAUGAAGCCACCCGGAUUGGUGUAAUACUUUACAGUCUUGAAGCACAUAUAAUUACUCACUUAUGGCAAGGUGCAACUUUGGAGACUGUCAGAAGAGCGAUUCAAAGCAUGCCUUAUUUAGGUGAAGGCACCUACACAGGUUCAGCCAUAAACAUGGCAAACCAGGUUUUCCAGACAGCUCGAAAAGAUGUGCACAAAAUGGCAAUAGUAAUAACCGAUGGGCAGACAGACAAGAGAGAUCCGAAUCAUCUAGAUACGGCAGUGAUGGAAGCUCACGCUGUGGACACAGAGGUGUUUGUAAUAGGAAUUGUUAAUACCAGUGAUCCUUUAUAUUCUGCUUUUAAGAAUGAAAUGAAUUUGAUUGCAUCUGACCCUGAUGAGGAGCAUGUUUAUCUAAUUAAUGACUUUAUGACGCUUCCAACACUUGAAAGUAAAUUGUUCAGCAGAAUCUGUGAGCCUGAAAACAACGCACUGUUCAGUUCAAUCCCUAGCUCCAUACUACCCCCUGGUGUGUCACCAACGGUUGAAGGAAAUCAUCAGACACCUGGCCGAGACACCAUAUACAUUGAAGACAACCAGCAAAUUAAAACAGAAGAACGUGGUCCUCCAGGAGGAGGUGGAAAUAGAAUAGAAUCACAUGGAGGCAGUGAAGAUGUAUUUACAAGGCCAAAAGAAGAAUCAGUCCCCCUGCCAGGAUUACCGAGUGCUGGAAGGCCUGAUAUAGGAUCUGGACUUGAUGACCACGCAGUAAGGAGAGAGCCAAAUUCUUUUAAAGAUGAUGACGUUUUGCCAAAUGUCCUUCUUCCAGUAUCCACUCCAGCACAAAUAUUAACAGAGGAAGCUCAUGAAGAUCAGGCCUGCAAUGAACCCCUUGAUCAAGGGUCAUGCAGGAGUUAUGUCAUUAAAUGGUAUUAUGAUACCUCAGCUAAUUCCUGUGCACAGUUUUGGUAUGGAGGCUGUGAGGGGAAUAAUAACCGUUUUAACACCCAAGAGGAAUGUCAGCUCAAAUGCUUACAGUUUAAAAAGAAGUGAAUGACCAUUUUACAGGAUGGAGGGAUUAACAUUCCUCCUACCACAGACUUGACACAUCCUCCUACCAUUACUUGGUGUAAGUACAGAUAUCAUGGGUACCUGGAGCUGACUUUUAAAAGAGAAACUCAAAAUGUAUCUGGACUGGAAGGCAGCAAAGCCCACGAUCUGAAUGAAUUGAGGAAGAAUCAGCACAUCUCAAACUCGGGUAGAACAAAUUGCUAAGAGUUGGACUAUCAUGUCAUCUAAUCAAACCAUUUAACCUCAUGAAGAAAAGUUCAAAAUGCAUACAUCAAAUAUGUUCAAUAUUAUGUAGUUCAGCCAACUUGCCUUCUGUUGCAUGACACCCUCGUUGUCUUAGCCAUUCAAUUACUAGCUUGUUCUGCUUUGUUUUCCUCCAUCCUUUUAACCUUCAGCCUUCAAUAGGAUUAAUACUUUUCAAGUCUUUGUUGAAAAAUUUCCCUGAAUACAACAUUCAUUUUUGUUAAUAUCAGAGUUUAUCCAUAUUAUUAAAUGAAAAGAUGAUAUGGUCUUAGUUGUUCUUUAAGCCUUGUUCAUCAAUAUCUUCGUCAUUUACUUUCUCACUCUGACAAAAUGUAAUAACCUACUCAUUCAUAUCUCAAAAUCUGAAGCCAAGUCGAAUUUACCAGGUUGCUACUCAGUGGGGAUACUUGCAACUCAUUCCCAACUCAUUCCUCCUGAAGCUCAAAACAUAGAAAAAUGCCACUUGUCCAGCAUGUCUGUACUUGCUUUUUGCCAAAGAAAUCUUUAACUGUAUUUCUGCCCAAUUCCAGGUCUUCCUGUGGUUCAAAUAUUUAUCUCAAUCAUCCUCUCGAGUCAACUCCUUGCCGAAGUGAAAGAAUGAAGAAAUAUCUCCCAAACUCUGGUGCCUGCCUUAGUUGUAAUUUUAAUUGAUAAUUUUCUGUUACUCACUUCCCCAUCAAAGGAAAUAGUAAUUCUUUAUUCACCCUACGAAGGCCUUUUGUUAAUUGAAAAAAAAUCAAAUUAAUUUCCUCUUAGCCUGUUCCAGUGAAAACAACCAUUUUAUGUCAAGUCCGUUGAACAAUUUUUUUACCUCAGUAUACACAUUAAUGGCAGGGCUGUUGUGGUGCACUGGCAGUGUCCCUACUUCUGGGCCAAACUGUGCAGGUUUAUGUAAUACCGUCUCUGGAUAUGUUGCGUUUUAUUCCAGGGAUUCAUUCUGGACAUUUUCUGAAUUAAGAAAAAGGUGUUUCAAAGCCUUUGUUAGAUCACAUCUGGAGUUCUGAAUUCAGUUUUCGGCACUGAAUCCCAGGAAAGCUAUAUAUUUGUCUCGGAAAUAGCAUAGCAUAGAUUCACUAAAGUAGGAGAAUUAAGUUAUGAGGACAAAUUAUAUAUGCUUAUUCUGUAUUCUCUUAUGUUACAGGGCUGAUGGCUAAUCUAACUGACAUUUUAAAAUUAUAAAGGACCCAAAAAAGCAAAUUUACUCUCGUGGCAGAAUUCAGAACAAGAGGGUAUAAUCAUAAAAUUAGACUUAGGCCUUCAAAUGUGGAGAAAGAAAAAUAUUUCACACAAAAUGUAGUGGAGAUCUGAAAUUAACUAACCUAAAGACUGUGAAUAUUGAUUCAGUUGAAACUCUCAACACUAAUGCUGGCGGAUGUUUUCUAGAUAAAGAUACCAAAGGAUAUAGUACAAAUGCCGGUGACUGGAAUUCCGAUACAGACCAACCGUGACAGGUUGAACAGGCUCAAAGAGCUGAAUGGCUUUUCCUGUACCUAUGUGUUUAUGAAAAUUGGCAUGUUCCUGAAUCUGCAAUCAGUGAUUUUUUUUACUAAAACUGAGUCCAUAUAGUUAUUUAAAACAUAAUUAGACAAUUGAGUUCAAGAGUGAAAAAAAGAUUACGAGAAGUGAAUAGUAGGGUGGGGUUAGAUUAGGUAGAAUGUUGAAGAGAAAAACACCUUGCAGACUUGAUGGACCAAAUGGGCGACUAUGAUUUUCAGUAAUUCAAUAAGAUUCACAUUGAGGUAAUUUCAGGAGUUUAAUGGAUAAAUGGAAGGUAACACAAUUGGGGUGAUUCUGAGAUUGAAGCCUCCAGAGGCAAGCAAUAUCCUGAGAAAUUACAAGUGUCUGCACGCCCAUGAUUUUCUAUCCAUUGAUUUUAGUAGGUGGAAAAUACCACAUUAUUUUGUCUGCAGUUUCCCAAAAUGUGCUCCCUUGAGUUCUGACCUGCUCAGAAAAUGGUUUGUAGAAAAAGGUUCACGAAAAUUAGCUGUCAAGUUUGAUCCCUUUGACACGGUCCAGCAAAUUGAUCCAAGAUUGAAAUGUAGGACGGGAUCUGCCUUCAGUAGUACAGGACUUGUGUGUUCCCCAUGUUAUCAAAAUUCUGCCACUGAAAAUCAGUCCCCAAUACUUCCUCAUCUGUAUCUCAGUAAAAAUCAGGGCGUAAGGGUCAGCUUGACUUAGUAGCAUUCUUCUCUCUGGGUUGAAGGUUUGAUACAUGUCACACAUCUGACAUGGAGCAUGACAGUUAAUCUAACACAUUGGCGCAGCGCUGCGAAUGUGCUAGAUAAAAAAACAGAUGAUGCUGGUACAGGUGGAUGAUAAAGGUCUCAUUUCAUUGUUCAAAGAAGAGAACUUCCAAGCAUCCAAGGCCAGUAUUCUUCCUGUAAUCUACAAAGCCAUUCAAAUGUUUCGUUGGCUUUCAGUUAUUGCUAAGUGUUGGCAUUAUUCUAUGCAGACAGCAGAACACUAGGAACUACGCCAUGCACUUAAUUCUGUGUGAACAGUUUUGGAGCAUUAAAGGCAAACAUGAUAAGGUAUUAGAUAAAUGUAAUUUUCUUUCUUCUAGAAUUACAUGGUUAACAUAUUUAACUUUUAACCUCUGGGUGAAAAGGCACUUUAAUGUGUACAAAGACAAAUUCUGUAGCUAAUAAUUAAUAUUUGAAAAUGAAGAGAAGCCAGAAAUGCUGUUCAGAAAAGUUCUUUACUAAACCUGAAUAGAAUUCCAUAUUUAGGAGCCAAGCCAUAUGUUAGAAUGUUAAGAGAUUGAUGUGGUUUAAAGUUGCAGGAUGUAAUGUACCUUGUCAAAAUAAAUCCAGAGAUUUAUGAGGCACUGAAAAGGCUCAGUUUUAUGCUAACUGUACUUUCUAUGGACUGCCUAACACAGAACAAAAACAGUGGAUUGAUAAUGCUAAAGAAAUUCUGUCAUUUUGACAGGUCAAAUGUAGCAAUCUAGCUAUCUAGAAUCCUUUGAUCAUAGCGAAGUUCAUUUUGUGCUGCAAUUGUUCAAACCCAGAAGUGUUGCUGUUUUCUGGCCCAGGUAAUCGUUGUGUUCCAAACUUACUAUGCGAAGAGGUCUACAUCUUGCUCUUUGUAAACUUUGAAUAUGGUUAAUAUAGUGUGUAGGAAACUUGAACAAAAUUGAAAUUCCUUGGAAGACCUUGCUGUAAGUAACAAUUAGAUACGGUUUACCAAAUUUUUGUAUUUUCCAGUUUUUUUUAUAAACAGUUCUGCUCUGGCAGUUUUAGAAAUCAGCCAUGAUAUUUGGAUUUGUUGCACUCAAGCCAAAGAAGCUGUUUCAGUUCGCACAUUUCAUCAGUACAUCACUGUUAUAAUUCAGCAAGAGAAAAAUGUCUUUCCAGCACCUUUUAACAUUCAUUCUGAAUGAAGUUUAGUGCAAUUAUCCUGCUAAGUAAGGAUCACGAACACAAAAUUAUGCAUUAGUACUCAAGAUGUUAAAGUGCUGCUUCAGUCUUUUCAAGAAUUGCAAUUUUUUUUGUUCAAUGCUUUUUGGGAUAUAUUAGCCCAGAAAUUUGCUUUCUAACAAGGACUUUCUGCUGAAGUGCACUCAUUGUGCCAAAGAGUGAUUCAUUAAUCAUUAAACAGAGAUAAUAGUGGGCAAAUCAACUUAGAUACAUAA